AUGGAUCCCCUCAUCAACCUGCUGUGCUUCAUAGCACUCCUCACCAUCCUCUUCGAGAUCUCCCUCCCGCAGGUUCGGGAGAGUUUUGUCUACCUCGCCGUCUCCGCCGCCAGCAAGCUCUGGGUAAGUCUGCCGGCCUCACCUACAUGGCUCCUGACAUACGUGCUGACUUUUGCUUGCAGCUCCUCUUCGUCUUCUCCGGUCUCGUGUAUACCUGCUGGAUGGGUAUACAGAAUCUCCUCCUCGACCUCUCCGCCGCCGCCAACGAGCUCUGCUCCGCGGUCGUUUUUUGGCUCUCCUUUUGGAGAUACGCCCUCGCUUGCUUCCUGGCCUGUGGUCUUUUCUCUCUUCGCUUGCUCGCCGCCAACAAGGUCUUGCCCGCGCCACCGCCGCCGCCAACUCCACCAAGAGCGCGCUCUCCACCACCUUGCAGACCUGCCGCCGCCCGCCCGCCGCCGCCGCCGCCGCCAAGUCCUCGCCCAGCAAGCAAGCCGGCCUCUCUUUCUCGCUUUGCCUGGCCAGUCUACGAUCUCGCAUUAGACUGGCCGGAGAACUCGGACCGGAUGGCGAGCGAGAAGAAGAUCCGUCUCCUCGCCGAGCAAGCGCGCCUGAGGAUGGGUAUCACCCUCCUCGGCAUCACCACCACCACCACCACCGUCGCCGCCGCCGCCUCUGCUCCUGCGACUGCUCCCGCUCCUGCUCUCGCGCCUGCGCCCGCUGCUCCCGCUCCCGCGCCUGCUCCCGCUGCUGCUCCCGCUCCCGCUCUCGCUCCCGCGCCUACUCCCGCGCCUACUCCUGCGACUGCUCCUGCUCCGGCUCCCGCGCCUGCUCCCGCUGCUGCUUCCGUUGCCACGGUCCCGAGCAGCGCUGCGGAGGUGCAGCCCGGCUACACGGCCGGCAACUUCUUCUUCCAUCGCCAGAUGACUCUGCGCCUCGCGGCCGAUACGGCCAUGAAGAUCCUCAUCAAGGCGCGCGACGCGUUGGACGGUUGGUUUCAGCACCACCAGCACGACUUCCUGGUCCUCGCCGCCGCCGAGCCAUCGGCCAACACUCCUCUCCGCCUCAUGAUCCGUGAGCUGUCGUUCUUCCUGGAACUCCUUCAGCUCGGCAGAGAGGGAUGGGCGUUGGUGGACCUCCCGCACCGAUUCUACCACGACGCGCUGGGCCAGACGGCCAUGGUUGAGAUGCUCCUGGUCGAGCUGACGGGGCUGUAUGGCUGCCCGGUCUGGGUGCAAGAGGAAGGCCUACUGACGGUGCAGCGCAUCUCAAGAGAAGUCCAGAGCCUACAAGCUGAGCGCCUUCGCCUUGAAGGCAGGGCAUGA